AUGCUUUGCAACAAGCAACAAGUUAAGCUUUCGGAGGGCAACGCCUAUUACUGCUCCUGCUUUGCUGGCUUCAGUGGCACAGAUUGUGGUCGCGGCCCCUUAUGCGAAGAUCCGCAUACAAAUGUUUGUCAAAAUGGCGGCACAUGCAAACACAUUGGCGAUGCAGCCAUUACAUGCCACUGUCCGAGCGGUUUUAAGGGCACAAAAUGCGAAAUACCGGAAAUAAAUGAAAGAACAUUGGGUUGUACAUUAAAUUCCACAUCAAGUGAUUGUCAUAAAGAAUGUGAUUUCGAACGCGCUAGUGAAGGUAUAACAUUGCGAAAGACCAACAAAUUAUCAGCGCGCAAUGGCAAAACACGCUAUGAAGUGACAAUACGUUUGGGCGCCAACUUAACUGCCUUUUAUCGUAACAUGGAUCCAGAAAGGCGCCCAAGCGAUCAUCUGCCCAGUUUAUUGGAGAGACAUCUCAUGCGCGUCUUGCGCAAUUUUAACAUCACCAAAAUCAGCGAUUUAGAAUUAAUCUCGAAUAGCACCGAUCGCUUGGACAUCACAUUUCAUUUCUUUGGCAUUAAAGGCGAUUCGAAUCGCAUACGUGAGGCCAUCACCCGCAUGGUGGAGCGUGGCCGCAUUGGAAAUAUUACACUCGUGUCGAAUUAUCAUCUCUUCGAUGAAAAUCCACCGCUGAAUUUGUUGGAACUGACAAUUAAUCAAAAAUCAGCGAUACGUGAAGACAGUGAAUUUAUAAUUUCCUGCACCGCUCAAGGAUCAUCGCGCAUGCAAUUCCAAUGGUACAAGGAUGGUGCUAGUGUCAACACAUCGAAGGCUAUCAGAGAAAUCUGGACCACCGUACUGCCACCGGAAACAAAAGAUACUUUCACUGCCAUUUUGGGUAUUACGAAGGCCAGCCGCAUGGAUGAGGGCAUUUACACGUGCAAGGUCACCGACUGGGGUGUCGAACAGUGUCGUUCACUACACGUGCACAUCAAGUCCCCGCCACGCCUACGCGUCGACCCGGCCAGUGUGACACUACAACGUGGCGAUUCACUGCGUGUACGCUGCCUUUCGCCCGGCAACGAUGACAUCAAACGCUAUGCACAGCUCGGCUACAGUUGGACACGCAACGGUGUACUCUUUCAAUCGAAUCCGGCCACGGUGAUGUGGGAAGAUCUCUAUCCCGAUGGUAGCAUACUAAAAAUAAACAAUAUACAGAAAUCUGCGGAAUACACUUGCAUCGUCUCGAAUACCGUGCGACCAGUAUCGAAGAGUGUCUACAUAACCGUUAUCGACCGCAAUGCGGUACAUGUGUGUCACAGCGACACUUUGUACGGUGUCCGUUGGCCAACGAGUGCGCCGGGCGCUGCCAUUGUUGCCGACUGUCCGCGCGGUUUCGAGGGCCACUCGCGGCGUAUUUGUGAAAGCCGCGACACAGGCAAUUCGACAUGGUUGUUACCGGAUUUCUCGCUCUGCGUGCAUGAUCAACUGUUGGCGAUUUACAAUAAGUUUCGCGCGCUAAGCGCCGGCUAUCAGCAGACCAACUCGUCGGCCAUACUAAAGGCUUGCUUUGAAUAUACGGCAAAGCGGCAUAAACGUUUUCUGCCCGGCGAGGCGGGAUUUCUCAUCGAUAUGCUGCAUGAGGUUGAUACUUAUCUCCAGCUAAAAGGCACACAAUUGGAACGUGAGAUGGCAGCAGAGAUAAUUUUACAUAUUCUGGAUAAAGUUAUGCAAAAUACACAAUCGCUUAAUAGCCAACAGCAAAUUAAAAAAUUGCAACUCUUAACACAAUCAGCAGCGUUGAACCGUGAAACAAUUGCAGCAUCUCAAUUAGCAACAUCAACAUCAUCCACAUCAGCUGCAGCAGCAGCGGCAGCCGCCGCAUCGGUGGCAACGGCAGACAACAGUGCUGUGUCAUCCUCAUCCGCAACAGCAGGGGGAACAACACAAACAGACAUCGCUGCAGGCUCAGCAACAGCUGGCAAUGUCAUGUCACCGGCACGCUCCGCGACCGCAGCCAAUGCCGCCUUAGCUACGCUACUGCGCAACGAGGGUACUGCUGGCGCUGGCGCUGGCGGUGGCGGUGGCGGUGGUAGCGGCAAUGGCAUACUCACAGUCGACGAGGACUCACUGUCGCUGGAUCGUCUAAAUUCGUUGCGCAUCUAUAUGACUUCAGUGAAAACGUUGCCGUUCAAUUUAAGGAUCUACGGCGAUGAUUUGUUCGCGGAUCAACUUUACAUGGAUAUUGGACUAUCCAAUCGCUUACUCAACAUAAUGGCCAACUCAACGAUAUUCGCAUCGGUUAUCUCGUAUAAAAAUUUAAAAAGUUUCCUACCAAGAACUUACUACACGCGCGGCAGCGAUCCCAGGGAGUCCGAUUACAUUUUAGCCUCACGCAUACUACAGACAUGGCUCUUCCAAUCGAAUCGAUCUAACGAUAAUCUGCGUGAACCACUCGAUUUACCCUUCGAAGCCGGGCAUGUGGAGAUCAUAUUUCAGCAUGAAGCCGCACCGAAGGCGGGCGAUUGGGUGGCAGUGUGUGGUCAUGACUACAAAGCUUCCUUUGAAUCGACUUGGCGCUCAGAUUUAUGCAUCACCAAGCAUCUGAUGGCGAAUAUAACACGGUGUAUAUGUCCGUUAUCCGGCACAUACGUAGUCAUGCUUACGAAACGUAAUAAUGAUUCUCCACACGUUUCGUCCACCCAAAGCCCAUUGUUCGUGAUUUUCAGCUGUGCCUGUGGUUUAUUGCAAUCGUGCUCGGCAUUUCUCAUACUGCUUCCGAUUUGGUUUAACCGCAAAUGUGCUAUAACGUUUCUCAAAAUGCAAUUCUGCGUCUCCACGUCGAGUAUAAUGAUCAUUUUUCUACUGGGAUUUCUGAAAAUGUUACCAGAGAAUUGGCAGGCCGUUGUCAACUCAUCACUCGCCUCACUACUCCUCCUGGGCGUCUCGACCACAAUCGCCAUUGCGUUGGUGGUGAAUUCCGAGUUGGUGCCGAAAAAAAUGUUGCAUAUCAAUAAAAUGUCAGCGACAGCAGCCACAAGUGUGCGCGCAAUGGCAAUAAGAAAUGAGCAAAAGCAACAACAAAAACAGCAACAAACACAACUGAACGCUACAAGUGGCAAUGACAAUGGCAACGGCGCGACGGUGACGGUGACGCCGACCGCAACAAUCAUCGAUGCAACCAGUCUGAGUGCCACCACGAACAUUACGCAAAUCAGCAGCAGCGCUAUCAGCAGCAACAACAGUGGCAGCGAAGGCAUCAAGCUCUACUUUCCGGUGAGUGUGCGCGCGGUUAUAGGCAUAAGUUGGCUGCCGCCACUACUCUAUGCCAUGGCAGUGCCAUUGAUAUGUAGCAUUAUUGGCAAAUGGCCACGCAAUUGGUGGCUGGAAGUGAUGAGCAACACAACAACAGCCACCGCAGGAAGAACGAUAACAACAUCAGUCUUAACUUCAGCAACAUACGGCACCAGCGCAUGUAGCCGCCUCACCGCAACCCGCACCGUCUUGGAGUCUGAAGCUGUAAGCGGCAGUGACUUGUUUAGUAGUAGUACAACAACAAGCGAGAGCAUAUUAUAUAUCGAAGAUGGCACAGCUGCAGCGCAUACAGCUGUAGCCAACACCAGCUCGGCUCUACACUUUACAACAUCCUCCGCUGCAUCUUCCAUCGCCAGCGCCUCAACGUCCACGGAUGCCUCGCCAUCAACGACGACCUUCUCCGUUGCCGGUUGGCAUAACAACUUCCAACCGGCAUCCAUCUCCGCUUCCGCUACCGCUGCUGCCUACCGUAGCGGUAGUGAGUUCGACGACGACGCGUACACGGACACAGUGGAUGGCGCGGAGACACACAGUGGGGGCGGCGGUAGCGUGCCAUCACUCAAUUUUAUUAUAUUUAUUUGUGUCGAUUUACUCUUCGUCUUGCUCUUUUGUGCACUCUUCGCUAUUUUAAUCAAGAAACUUUUAUGGCUGUGGCAUAAAAAUCGAAAUAUUCACGCGCAUCCGCAGGAUAAAUUCAAUGUGGCCAUGCGUAGACGUAUUGGCCUAAUUUAUCGCACCGGUUGUUUGCUGUUAAUGAAAUUAUCAACGGAUGCAUUAUUCAUAGCAUAUGUAAAUUUAACAACAACAACAACAACAACAACAAUACAAAAUUCAUGGUGGUCCUAUCCGUUUGGCAUAUCUUGUAUAUUAUUGGGUUUUUCAAUACUUUAUUGCUUUGUUAUAAAAGCGGAGAGCAGUUUACGAGCGCCACCUAGCAGCAGUAGCAGCAAUAGCGGUGCCCUCAAGAAAAAGCACAGUUCGAGUAAAACCAGUUUGGAUGAAAACUACUGUACGGGAGCUAUAAACAGUCCGCUUAGUUUUUACGCCAGUCACGAAAAGGAGAAGGAGAACGAAUGCGGCGCACCCAUGACAACGCUACUCGUGAAGCCACCAACGCCCCAACAGUUGGACAUCUCCAGCGGCGUACAGCUGCCACUCACAAUUAUACCCACCGCGCAACAACAAUCACGUUGUCCAUUACUGCCCGCCCAGGCAGCGUCUACAGUGGGCAGCAGUGUUAAAACGUUCCUGAAUGCAGCAAAUCUCGAACGUAGCAAAUUGCCGCCUUCACAUGUCAGUUGUCUGCAAGAAACGAGCGCCUCAGCAAUGACCUCACCAGCGACGAGAUGCUGCAACAUUUUAGGUGGUGGUGGCGGUGGUAAUGUUGGCAGUGGAGGGGCUACCGUCACGUCCACGGGUGUGGUGGGCGGUGGCGUUGUGGUGACCACCGGUGGGAUGGGUUAUUAUGAUGCCUAUGGCGCGGGUAUUACACUUGGUGCUAUGACGGGCAGUCUGAAUAGGCGGCAACUGCAUGGCUCAACUGCUGCGACAACGGAAUUCAUCGGUUUGGAGACUUUGGACAUAUUGCAGGGUGUGGCACCAUCAGACACCAUCAUUGGCAUUUGCAGCAGCGCUCUGCCCGCCGGUAUGUCAUAUCAUCAACUGCAGCAUCACACGUUGCCACGUCACCACUCGACGGCACAACAACUUGUUGCACAACACCACCAACCCAGCUACAUGGAAGCGGCCACGAUGUUGCCAGCAACAGCAACAAUCGUAUCGAUAAGCAGCGGUCUGCCACUGCAACAAACCACAAUGAAUUAUGCGCAAAGCAACAACGAUGGCGCAACACCUCAGCAACCACAAGCGUCGUCCAUGCCGCCGACCACACUCACGAGCAUAAUCAGCACAACAACAGCAACAACGCAAACACCAAAAGCGCAAAAACGUGUAACCAUAAUGGAGCCGACAACGCACACUUUCGAUCCGCUGCUGCCCACAAUGGUCGCUGCCGUAUCCGGUGUGACAGCCUCAACGGCACAUCAUGCACGUCUGGUGACAACGACACCAACGCCCAUAAUAACCAUUACCGGCAAUACUACAUCGGGGGCAACAACAACAGCGGCAGGUAACAGUGGUGGCAGUGAGAAAGUGAAAGUCUCCGCGCAGAGUGCAUGUGAGAAUGCUCAGACUGCAGCGGACGGCUCUUCGCCCGAAGAUGAAAACUCGAUGACCGGCAUGUUGGAUCGCAUAACACAUGAUCUGGACUAUUUGCUAAAUCGCACAAAUGAUGCGCCAACAGAGUCACCGCCAAGUGAGGGUGAAGUGACGGCGACUUCGACAACCACGGCAACUGUGACCAUCACACAAGACACCACGGCGGAGCAGUUGUAAAUGUUGGCGGCGGCACGAAAUGCCACUAGUGCGCUGAGAUCCCGGCAUGAACUACAGAGGAAAGGAUUUUAAUAUAGCAGUAAUUGUAAGUACAUUCAGUUCUUGCCUAAGACUAAGCAAUUUGUUCCUGUCAACCUUUUUGAACUUUUUUAUUGUACAGUAGAACUUAAAUUAUUUAAAAGUUAAUAUACCAAAAGUAAAGGUUGUCUGUGUGCAUAAUAGUUGUAAAAAAAUAAAUACAUUUAAGAUUUACAGCUCUUUUAUAUUGCUAAGCAUAAGAACAACAUAUUCUGGCAGCUCUUACAAAAUGUACACCUCAUGCGCCCGAGAGUAUGCAACAAAAGAACAAAUUGUACGAUCAAGAAAAAUGUUUAAAAAUUUCUGAAACUUUUCAGCUUAGCGGGGCAUAGCUUUCAGCGUUUUAAAAGCUCUCAUGCUAAAUUUUGUAAUAGUCGUCGGAAUAGGAGCUACAGACACAUAAAUUAAAUAAAAA